AUGGAUUGCAGCAAAUUGGCAGAAGAUAGGACCCCUGAGUUAGGAAUGGAGUUCAACAGCGAAGAGGAUGCGUACAAGUUUUACAACAAAUAUGCCUUUAAAAUGGGUUUUAGUGUACGUAAAGACUAUCUGAAUAAAGACAAAGACGGCGUGACCACGUCUAGAAGAUAUAGUUGCUGCAAGGAAGGUGUGAAACGCAAGUACGAAGGUGAUGUGAUGCCAAAGAGGACACGAGCGCCGACGAAAACAGGGUGUGGAGCUAAAAUGGUUAUCGUGUUGUUUAGAGGAACAAUGAAGUACCAUGUGCAUGACCUUGUCUUAGAGCAUAACCAUGAGUUGCACAUUGCUCAAUGUGCGCACAUGAUACCAUCACAAAGAAAAGUGACCGAGGCUCAAGGAUUCCAAGCUGAAAUAAGCGAGGACGCUGGGCUUUCAUUGAAACAGAGCCAUGAGCUUAUGGGAAAGGAGGCAGGUGGGAUGGAAAAUGUGGGAUAUACUCGGGAAGACCUGAAACGAUAUCUUCGUACUCGACGGGAAAGGAGUUUGAAAUAUGGAGAAACAGGUAGCAUGCUGAAUUAUUUUCAAGAGCAAACACUCGAGAAUCCAUCGUUUUUUCAUGCCGUACAGCUGGACUGUGAAGAACAGAUAACGAAUAUCUUUUGGGCUGAUGCAGGAAUGUUAAUUGAUUACAAAUUUUUUGGAGACGUAGUCACAUUCGACACAACUUACAAAACAAAUAAAGAAUACCGGCCACUUGGAGUGUUUGUGGGUUUUAACCAACAUAGGCAAAUUGUGAUAUUUGGUGCUGCCCUUAUGUAUGAUGAGACUAUAGAUUCUUUCAAAUAG